UGAACGGAGUUGUCGCGACUCUCCCUUAAUCUAAAUUUGGUUUAUAGGCUGCUAUGAUUUGCUUGUAAAAUAUAAGCUCCUCAUAGCCUAAGUAGGCGACAGCAGAAAAAGAAAAUUCUUGCUAGCGUUCAACAACAUCCCUUCAGGUUAAUCAAAUUUAAUUUCUCUAUACAGAUAGAGGUAAAUUGCAGUGGACAGAGCAUUCUUUGCUAAUAUGUCUGACUGGGGAUAUUUAAUCCCAUUAGAAAUGAUUGAUUGCACAUGUUUGCGGAGGCUGAUGUGCUCAUAUGGGAACAUUUACUUAAUUCACAUCGAUUAAAGUCAUCGUUGAACAGCCAGAUAUUAUUUUUCUCCUGUUCACGGAGCCCGAGGCAGGAAUGUCCGAGGGUCCGUGAAGGCGGCAGCGCUCAAUCAAACCUGUAGUUAAUUAUCUGGUGAUUAGUAGGCAGGUCACGUGCAGCUCUGAAAGCCGAGGAGCAGCCUCAGUCUCUCGGCCCCUCAGUCCCCUCGGUCUCUCAGUCUCUCGGUCUCUCGGUCUCUCGGUCCCCUCGGUCUCUCAGUCCCUCGGUCCCUCUUCUCUCCUGGUGUCCAACAUGAAGCUGUCAGCGCCGCUGGCUUUGCUGUUUCUCCUCUGCGCUGACGGGAGCGGCUCUGCGGUGUCUCACCCCAAACCACCCUGUCGUUACCCUCCGUCCCAGUGGUGUCGAUCCCUGGAGAUCGCCAUAGAGUGUAAGGUUCAGAAGCAGUGUAUGGAGGUGAAUGCUACCAGACCAAACCAGGCUGUUCCUCCAGUCUCUGUCACUCUGUACUAUGAGAGUUUGUGUCCAGCCUGCAGAGUCUUCAUCACCCAACAGCUCUUCCCCACCUGGACGAUGCUGCAGGACAUCAUGGCCGUCACUUUGGUGCCCUACGGGAACGCUAAGGAGCUUCCGUCACCAAAUUCUCCCUUCACCUGUCAGCAUGGAGAGCCCGAAUGCAGAGGAAACCUAAUUGAGGCCUGUAUCAUCCAUUUAACGAGGCACUCGUCACUUCAAAUCAUCUACUGCAUGGAGUCGGCUGCAGAUGUUCUCAAUGCUGCAAAGCCUUGCCUCCAGCUCUACGCUCCCUCCGUCUCCUGGUCGAGCGUUGACUCCUGUGUGAAUAAAGGACUGGGAUACCGGCUGAUGCACGCCAACGCUGUCAUGACCAGGGCUCUGAACCCAGCUCACACACACGUCCCCUGGGUCACCUUUAACGGGGAAUAUUCAGAGGAGAAUGAGGACAAGGCCAUGUCGUCUCUUUUCAAUUUGGUUUGCCAACUUUACAAGGGCGUGAAGCCUCCAGCCUGCUCUGGAGUCCCGGUCAGACUGGACAGAAGCUUCUGCUGAUACAGCGAAAUCCAUUAUAAAAUGUCUGUGUGGUCUGCCAGCAGGAAAACUGCUCAUCACCUACAUAAUGUACCUAAUAACACUAUCAUAUUAAUUUUCAUACUCAUAAUAGCUUUAGUUGAUAACAAUCAAUGCAGGAUUUUUUAUGUUCCACUUGUACAUUGAUGGGAUGUUUAGGAUCAGAUCUGAAAGUGGCAUGAAUCAUACUUGUCUUACAAAUAGCGCUUCUCUAUCCAUUUGAAAAACUUUGUUCAUUGGGCUGACUGUACAGAACAAAGAAAUAAUAAAAGACUUCUUUGCUAUAAAUUUCCAUAUAAUUUAUUGGCAUUUUCCACUUAAAACACCCUGAACUCCCGAGACUCUUUUGGCUAAAAAUGAGAAACAAAAAUAUAUUCAUUUCCUUUGACAAAAAACAUUGGAGUGGCAGAUGUAUAGAUACUUGUAAAGUAUACUUGAUUUUUAGGCUCAAGAACAUAAAGUCAAACUUCUUAUGUUACAGUACUUUGUCUCGACAGAAACGUUUUGAAGAAUAAAUAUCUCUUACAGAAGUUUGCACGACACUGAGGCUGAGAAAAGCGAGACGACAUGAAAAUAAAUGGUGGCAGUAUCAGCGCAGCACAAUAAAGGAGCAGCAGCAGGGACUCUGCUGCUCAUCGACACAUUUAACACUGUAUGGCACUGAUGUCUUCCUGUGAAGAGCCACAGAGCUGAAUUUAACAUGCUGAUGAAAUGCCUCAGAUCACCGGGCUACACACUCCAGCUACACAAUUUUUUCAAGACGAUUAACAUCCUACAUGAUGGAAACAUUGUGCAGGGAGUGAGAUGUCUGUUCAUAUCAAAUAUAAGUUCUCCAAAAUUGAGGACUUUCAGAUUCGAGAGUACAAGUGAUUAAUUUUUAUGUUGCUUUUCUGGUUGCCACUGCUUGUGCAAAACUACCAAGUGCUUCAGUUUGUUCUAUAGUAAAAAGUAGUAAAAUCUCACCACUUGUGCUGCAGGAAAGUUAACAGAUCGUGUUUGCAACAGAUUAGAUGGACCAAACUAAUUUCAAGAAACAGAAUAAGUUUCAUAUUGUUGGAUGACUGCGCUAAUAUUUUAGACCAUGUCAUGCAUACGAUUAAAUACGCUUAAUGUCUAA